AAACAAGAAUACAAGAUGACGUUAUCCACCAUCUUGCAACAGAUCAACAAGAAGGGUAAGAUCCAGCCCAAGGUGUCUUCUUCAAGCUCUGGUAAUGAUGAUAACCUUUCGUCUAGGAUUCAAUCAUAUAAAGCAACCACUUCUAACAAACCUAUAGACCCGGUUGUUGCCAAAUUAAAGGAAAAACGACGAUUAGAAAGAGAGAAGAAGGAACAGGAGUUGCGAUUAAAGAAAGGAUUAGCACCUAAACCAGUCAAAUCAACAACUACCAGACAACCCAAAUCAACAUCUGCAUCACCUAAAAAAACCCAACCUAACAGUAAAACUAGUCGUGGACAACCACCUCCACCUCCACCCCCACACCCACUUCCAACCAAUAAUGAUCUAAGAAAGAAGAAACUCAACUUUAACGAGUUAAUGAAGAAAGCAUCGAAAAUAGACCAUGAUAAACUUUCAAUCAAGUUCCCUGCCAAGAGCAAAUCUCCUGAAGUAGGGCCUGCUCGGAUAAGAACACCCGAUAAACCAAACACUAUAAAACCUGACAUUCCAAGGGAUGAAAGGUUCAAGAAACCUGUUGCACAACUAAAACGUGCCAAUACUUUACCACCACCUCCUCCUCCUCCUCCUCUUAAGGCAACCUUGAAAGCGCCAAUACCUACCAGAAAACCUUCAGAAAAGAUCCAACAAAAGAUCAACGAAAAGAAAAAUACAAAGAAAAAGUACCAGGAAUAUGAGGAAGAAGAAGACGAUGAACUUAGUUCAUUCAUUGCAUCUGAUGAAGAAGAAGAAGCAUACGACUCAAGAGAUUACGAUAGGGAUGAGAUCUGGGCCAUGUUCAACAGAGGAAAAAAACGGUCAUACUAUGACCGGUAUGACGAUUACGAUUCAGGUGACGAUAUGGAAGCUACUGGUGCAGAAAUCCUCGAUGAAGAGUACCGUUCUAGAGUCAAUGGGGAAUUGGAAGAUCGUCGUGAAUUAGAGCAAGAAAAGAAGUUGGCGGCUCUUAAAAGAGCAAGACUUCAUAAACUGCGAUAAACAAUAGCGAGCAUUUAAUUUUUUUUUUUAUUUUGUGCAUUUGACAUUUUGUAGAAUUUACAUAACUUUGUAAUGGAUCCGAUCUUUAGUAAUAACAAUGAUAUUAAUGAGAUUAGCAAGAGUCUUAAGAGGUCAGCAUUAUCGUUGACCAAUCGUCUACAGUCGAUAAUUUACGAUUAUUAUUUCGUAUCUAAAGUGCAUGAAAAAUAUCUUGCCCAAUAUCCGCUAGUUGCAAAUGAGCGAUGCGGUCUAUGGUACGUCCCCAAGAAGUAUAGGAAGGAUACGUGUUAUUUCAAAUCUACUGAUGGACAUACGAAUGUGUGGGCAUUUUCUAUGCGUAGAUUGAAUUUACAUUUACUCCCGUUGAUUCACCAGUUUGAUGGGUUGGUGAUUGUUGAUUCAACGCGAAGAGGUAAACUCAUGCCCGAUGCGCUUCUGAAAACUAUCCCUAUCUGGUGUGCAGUUAUAAAUAGUAUACUAUACCAAGGUGAAACUGAAGAAUCUAUAAUACAAGAGGUGCUUGCUGAAGGUGCAACAGCUGAUGAUGUAAAACAAAUUGUCAAGUUAAUGUCUAAUAAUUGGUUGUGUACUCCUCGUGCGAUGGUUUCUGAAAAUGAACAUAAUUCUAUUGUCAAAUUGAUCCCUAGUUUCGUCAAGAAUGUGACUCGUAUGGGAUUAUUUUCCAAGGAGUCUAUUAUGACAACUCUUGUUCAACGGAAACCAUUGGUUCCAACUUGGUACUAUCCAGGAAAAUGUGUGCCAUUGAAAACAAGUUUUCAGUAUAACAUCUGCUGUCUUUCCACAUCCAAAAAGGUCGAGUCCUCAUACGAGCUAAUCAGUGUUCGAUCACUUGAUGAUACAUUUGUAUCAUGGAAUUAUGUCCAAGGAUCAGCUGACGAUCAUGAACUUUGGGUUCCUGAUCAUUUGUGCAAUGGCAACUUUGGACCUGAUUUGUUUUGGGAUGUUGCAUUUGCUGAUAAGAGCCUGGUAUUGGAUGAUAAUACUGGAUUUAUAUAUUCCUGGUUGAGUGAUUCAGAAUUGGAAUUGAGAAUAAAUGCUUAUUUUGAACAGCUGCAAGUUACAAUACCACAAACACUCGAACUUUACAAAGUGGGAGACAUUGGACUUUCAUUUGGAAAGAUCGAUUCCAAUAUUCCCUACUCAUUAUUUCUGGAAACAUCUACAAUUGUCAUUUUAAGUGAAUCUUUUUCCAUUACUGAAGUACCUGAAUCAAAACAGAAAAUGAUAUUGAAAUAUCCAAUACCGUCAGGCAAGAAAGGUUCCAAUACGCUUAGAGCUCUUUUACCUGAAAUGAUGCACAGCUUAGACAUAUCCAAAAGUAUCAUCAUCCUUUGUGAAUCCGGUCGAGAUUUAAGUGUGGGUGUCAUUCUAGUUUUACUAUGCACUUACUUUGACUUAGACUACAAUCGUCUCACUGACCCACCGAGAAUCAGCAAAGACUUGGUAAAACAACAUCUAAGCAAACUUUCGCAAAUCAGCAAGGCCAGCCCGAGCAGAAGUACACUUCAAAGUGUGAAUACGUAUUUAUUUCUGCAUCAAUAAUUAUAUACUAUUCAAGUUCAACGCUAUUGUAGUAGAUUUGGAAAUUCGACUUCAAUUCCUGACAAUACUCUCGCCACUCUCUGACUAAAUUAAUAAUCUCGGGGUUCAUGGAAUAUACCUUUUCGAUAAUUUGGUUAAACUUCUUGGAUAACUUCACAAUCGACUUGAUUCUCUCCUGAUAACUUUCACUAUCUUGUGCCGACGCUUUGGCAGAUAGCUUCUUCGCCAAUUGCAAGCGCAAAUUCUUAACCAUGGUGGUAAAUAGAUCGUCCUUGUUCUUAAUAAGCACAAUCACAUCCGAUUCAUGGUUAGCAAUCAAAUGAAUCAAGUUAAUACAUGACAACACGGUAAUAUCCGCUUGCUCGUCACUUAACCCUGUAAACACAAUAUUUUGGGAGAUUUCACUAAGGUUAACCUCAUAUUGUUUGAGUGUGGAUGAAUCAAGGGAAAAUAAAGUAUAUAAGAACUCAUAGAAAAGCUUUCUAAUCUCCAACCCCUGGUCCAUGGUAUACUUGUACGGACCCAUGGUGAUAACUUUCUUAAAAGCAUCUUCUGCCUUCAAUUGUUGGAAUAUCUUGGGGAGCAACAGGUCAUUUAAGUUGGGCAAUAUACUCAAUGGUUUAUUAUGAAGCCCGGUCAAGAGAUUACCCACCACGAUUUGUCUGAUAUCUAUGUUGACAAUAUCAAUCCAAGAAAUAGACGAGUUGAUCAAUGAGCUCAAGAAUUCAUCAUAUCCUUCCGAAGUUUCCGUACUACUGAGCAACAGUUUGAUAAUCACAAGAAUAAGGUAAACCUCCCUCAAUGGAGGUUGCUUCUUGCAAUACUCCACAAGUGGUGCUCGCUUGGCUGGUGACAAUGUAAUUAUUUUCCCCAAGACUUCACCUGAUUUUCUCAACUCGGCAAUUGAACACAUUUCAAACUCAAUUGAGGAAUUGAAAAUGAGAUUCCAAAUAUAAUCAAAUACGGAGUCGGAUUGACAAUAAUCAACAACUAUAUUCAACGCAUCCAUUAAAUGACCACGGACAUUGGUAUCGUUAUUACUCUCGUAAUUAUCAGCAAAGAAUGAAAGGUUGGCGCUAAUAUCUCUACUAGCAAUCAACCCCAACGCCGUAGAGGCCGAACUAAUAACUGUCUCAUUGGUCAAUUUUUCAUUUUUCAACAACUGUAAUAAUGAAUCAGUGGUGACAGGAAUAGCUCUCAGUUUCCCAAUGUAUCCAAGGAAUCGAAUCACAGGAACAAAUUGUUUGGAAUUGAUGUCGGACUUGACAAACUUUUCGAAUUCCAGCACUCUAGUAUCAAUUUCUAGUUGGAGAUUAUUUCCAAGGGCACAAAUUGCCAAUAUUCUGGCACUGGUUUCACUGGCAGAAUUUAAAUUCGAUUGCAAGUACGCAAACAAUCCUGGGUCAAAAUUACAUGAUGUCUUCACCAAUUCGAAAAACGAAUCAUCACUGGCUUCAAUGCUGCCGUCAUUGACUAAUUGAAUGAUUGUUUGAAGAAGUCUCAUUCUAUAAAUCUCCAGUGAGAAAAUAUGAGCAGAGAGAUAAUUACAAGCUUGGAAAACAUACUUGUAAACUUCCUUGUUUGAUACUCUCAACAACUCAAUCAAGUUUUGCAAUACCACAUCGCUGUGAAUUUCUGUAGAUGGAAUCCGUUGAAUAAUGUUGUUCAAAAGGAUGAGUGAUGCCUUCGAUGUCGCUUCAGUACUGGAGAUAAUCAACGUACUCAACUUUUCAAUAAUGAAAAACGCAUAAUCCUUUGAAAUGAUAGUCUCUGAAGACAAUACUUCAUUAAGUACAUCCAAAGUGGCCUUACUGGUCGAUUCGUUUGAAAUGGAAACCUUGAAAACUUCCAAAAUUUGAUCAUUCUCUUGGGAUAAUCCAUGACAUAAAAUUUCACCCAAUGCAAUAAUACAAAGACGAACCAAAUCACUGGUGUACAAUUUAUGAUUUUGCACUUUUAAAAUCAACCCAGCCACAACUUUGUUUCUAU